UAAUUAACACAAGCGUGUGUUCUUCUUUUAGUUUCAUAAGGCUUAGGGCACGUCAGGCCUCUCACGUGCAGACACGUUGCUUCCUUCUCCCGGACGUUGGUUCACGCAGAAGGAACAACAAUCAUCUCUAGUUGAGAGAGUCCUCUUACACACGCCGCAAGGUCAACUCAGCGCCGCGGCAUAUACAGUCAUGGACAAGGUCAGAGAAGCUCGAACACAGCUGCAGGCAUACAGAAAUGCCUCUUCCAAUGAGCAGCUGCGUGCGGAUUGCUUUCGAGUUGAUUUAGACCUCGAGCAAUUCGAAGUCUUCCUUCAGCAAGCCCUCGAGCAUCGCGAAACACGAGCACUCACCACCAGAUACGCGAGUUCGUCAAAUUUUCCGGUCAUCCAAGAUGCUCAAGUUCCUCAAUUGUUCGUUAACAACAAACCUGUAUUGCGACUUUUCCUGCAUGACAUCCUGUAUCGCGUUACUAGGAAAAAGCUCUACGAAUGCUUGUCAGCACAAGGGUGCACCGAUUUUUCCAUAGAUAGUCUUAAGAAUACAAGAAAGGGCUUCGUCGCGGUCAUUUCUUGCAAGUUGCUGUCAUCCUCAUGCGCUAUUCAGAUCAAAUCUUGUAAAAAAGAACUGACUUUCACAGAUCCUAGAGGCAGAGUCUCAUAAAUCAAAACGAGACCCGAUCAAUUCACUCAGCAAGAACCUUCACCGAGCACUCAGCCCGCAUUCAACAAAUUAACGCUUCU